GGCCUCGGGAGAGACCAAGGCCCACCCGCCUCCGGGUAGGAAUAGACGCAUAGGGGAGAUACGGCGGAGAUAUGCCCCUCGGAAAACUAGGCCAUGCGUUGCUUCAGUGGAGUGGCGGAUGUCAGUGCCUUAUUUAGCCUUUGUGUGACGGGACUUCAGCCGCGGAAACUGCAGCCAAGGGGGACGUCGGACGAGGCCUCACUUCACUCGCAUAGUCCCCUGACCUUGGUGUGCUCCGAGGAAUACAUCAUGCCGUCCGACGCCAAGAAAAAGCGAGAUCAGAAGAAGAAGGAAGCAGCCAAGGCCAAGGCAAGCGGCAAGAAAAUAGAGCCAAAGGAGGACAAGAAGCCCCAAGUCAAUGGAUCUGCAAACAACUCCAAGAAAAAUUCAAGAGAAACCACACCCAUGACAAAUGGCAACUCUGAGGCAGCAGAGAACCUAAGCGCAGAAGAACUGCUUUGCCGCCGUCUUGAAGAAGACAUGAAGAUUGCUGCUCAAGCACGAUCAUGCACUGGUGUCCUGGGUAUCCACUCACGUGCUCGGGAUGUAAAGAUUGACAACUUUUCCAUCACUUUCCAUGGUUCAGAGAUGCUGCAGGACACCAAGCUUGAGUUGAAUUGUGGACGAAGAUAUGGACUAAUUGGAGAAAAUGGUUGUGGCAAGUCCACUCUGCUAGCAACAAUAGCAAAUAGGGAGGUGCCUAUUCAAGAUCACCUUGACAUCUUCCACUUAGUAAGAGAAAUGCCAGCAUCAGACAAGACUGCACUUCAGUGUGUUAUGGAGGUUGAUGAAGAGAGAAUACGCUUGGAGAGUUUGGCUGAAGAGUUGGCGAUGAGUGGAGAUGACGAGUCUCAGGAACAACUCAUGGAUGUCUAUGACCGUUUGGAUGAAAUUGGAGCCGAUACAGCCCAGGCAAAGGCUGCCUAUAUUCUUCAUGGUCUUGGCUUUACCCAUGCCAUGAUGGAGAAGGCUUGCAAAGAUUUCUCUGGAGGAUGGCGAAUGAGAAUUGCUCUUGCUCGUGCUCUGUUUGUCAAGCCACAUAUUUUGCUCCUUGAUGAACCUACCAAUCACUUGGAUUUAGAUGCCUGUGUGUGGCUGGAAGAGGAGUUGUCAAAAUAUAAGCGUAUUUUGGUCAUCAUAUCUCACUCGCAGGAUUUCUUGAAUGGUGUUUGCACAAAUGUUAUCCACAUGGAGAAAAAGAAGCUGAAGUACUAUGGUGGUAAUUACGAUGCCUUUGUACGAACAAGGAUUGAACAACUGGAGAAUCAAAUGAAGCAGUAUCAGUGGGAGCAGGACCAGAUUGCUCAUAUGAAGAACUACAUUGCGAGAUUCGGUCACGGUUCAGCUAAGCUUGCACGUCAGGCACAGUCCAAGGAAAAGACCCUGGCUAAGAUGGUCGCAGGUGGUCUUACGGAGAAAGUUUCUAGGGACAGAACACUUACCUUCUACUUCCCAGAGUGUGGGACAAUUCCCCCUCCAGUAAUCAUGGUACAAGAUGUCAGUUUCCGCUACAAGGAGAGCACACCAUAUAUUUACAAGAAUCUGGAAUUUGGUAUUGAUUUGGAUACAAGGCUUGCCUUGGUAGGGCCAAAUGGUGCAGGAAAGUCAACCCUUCUAAAACUUCUUUAUGGAGAUCUGACCCCGACUCAUGGCAUGAUCCGUAAAAAUUCCCACUUGAGAAUUGCUCGUUAUCAUCAGCAUCUCCACGAACUUCUUGACCUUGAUCUUUCCCCAAUUGAUUACAUGAUGACUCAGUUCCCAGAGCUGAAGGAACGUGAUGAGGUACGAAAGAUUAUCGGGCGCUAUGGAUUAACUGGGAAGCAGCAAGUAUCACCCAUUCGUCAGUUGAGCGAUGGACAGCGUUGUCGAGUAGUGUUUGCGUGGUUGUCUCAUCAAAACCCUCACUUGCUCCUACUUGACGAACCUACAAAUCACUUGGAUAUGGAAACGAUUGAUUCUUUGGCCGAUGCUAUUAAUGAUUUCGAUGGAGGCAUGGUCUUGGUUUCUCACGACUUCAGGCUGAUUUCUCAGGUAGCAGAGGAGAUUUGGAUUUGUGAGAAGGAGACUGUUACCAAGUGGGAAGGAGACAUUUUGUCAUACAAGGAAAUGCUGAAGAAGAAGGUUCUAAAGGAUAAUGAAAAGAGAAAAAAAAUGUUCUAAUUUGAAGUAAACUACUUAAAUAUUAUUUUGGAAAUCACAAAAGUAUUUAAAAAGGAUUUGGUGAGUAAAAAAAAAAAAUGGUACACCAAAAUUUAGAUUUACAUCCUUUGAGCAACUAAAUUGCUCGUUCUUGGGCAAGUCACUUAGAAAUUCCUUUUGAUUAUAAAGAAAUAGUUUUGAGACUGUCAUGGUGUUCAUCAUUGUCUAUUAGGUAAAAAUAAAUUAAAAGUUAGCACGCUCAUUUAGUGAUGCAUUUAUUUCCUGUAUGUGUGGUGUGAUAUCCAAAUUUUUCUUUUUUGAAAGUAACAGCUUUACAUUUGAAUAUUUCACUGACUGACCAUUUGUUGAUCAUAAUUGAUAUGGAAAUCGGAGCUAAUCAGGUAGAUCUGGGAGACAAUAUAAAAUAUGUAUAAAAUGUAUAAUAUCUAUACUGAAGACUGUUAUCACUGUGAUUGUGUGUGGUUAUUUCUGAAAGGGUGCAAGAGCUUUUUUUCUUAAAUUUUUCUUUUCUGAAAGCAGUUUGACAGAGUGAGAGAAAUAGUUUUUAUCAUUUGCACAAAUGUCACACUUCUAUUGGAGACUUAGGGCAACUGAUUUCUUUUACGAUGUUCAGUAUCUAACCUUUGAAGGAAGGGGCUUGCAUGUACCCCCAACUUUAUGUACUGGUAUAUUUGUAAAAUUGUAAUACCCUUGACAGUUUGCUCUUCUUGUAGAUGUGAUGGAGUUGAAUAAUUGAUAUUUUUAUUUUAUGUAUAUUCUUUACUCUAAUAAAAAUCAGAGAAGAGUAUAUUGUCGUUGGCCAUCUGUCAAAAUUGAAGAGGCACCUUUUCUUGAUUGGAUUGAAAAUAAAAUGAAGAAAAUCAACACUUCGGUUUUAUGUAUGUUUAUUUGCAAGGCAUUUUGUGUGUUGAUGUGAUACAUGUAUUUUCCAGAUUUGUUAAAUCUAACGAGUUCUGUGUCAUGCAUAUUAGUUUGAGUGAUGAGUCUGUGUAAGAAACAUUAAACUUGAAAUUGUUUGGGACAUUUUAAAUUAAAAUAUAUGCUAGAAAUAUAUGUUACCACUUCUAGAUUUAUGUUUGCAGUUAUACUUGCCCUAGCCAUUUUGUUGUGCAAGCAGAAUGGUCCCAUUUAACUGUAACAGACUAGUCCCAGAAUGUUGGCAGGAAUAGUUUAACUUUUCAUUAUAUUCUUUUAGCCUAUCUGUUAUGCUUAUUUUCAAACAUGCAAAAAUAUAUUCUAAAAUCUCAUCUCAGCCAAGCUUCAUAACUUUCCAGAGGUAGAGGGGUCUAAGACUCUUGUCUGAUUGAGAGGUGUACAAGUUCUAAACUUUUAUACCAUGGAAGCAGGAGUAGACUGUAUCGUUCCACAAUAUUUAUAAGUGACUGUAUGCAUACAUAUUCCCUACUGCAUCCUCUUAUUAUUUAUACAUUUUCAUAUCAAGGCUUGUGCAGAUAAACCUACAUCUGCGCUUAUUUCUAUUUCAACCAUACAAUUAGGUAAAUGGAUAAAAGAUAUUGCAUGAUUAAUUAUAGUCUCUUCAAAUUGGCUUGUGACAUUACUGUGAAAGUUUUUUAGGCCGUUCCUGCAAUGCCUAAAGCUUUGUUGGUUAUACAACAAAUACUAGAUUGUACAGUACUUACUCUCUUGCAAGUAAAAGAUGACAACUAUUGUGCAUUCUCUUUAUAAAACAAGCCUGUUUAUAUAUUAGCAUUGCACACUAUGUAGUGCCAAUGUUCUGUAAAGACUUUUGGCUAACAAACACAGUUUACUGUGUAAAAAUUAUAAGCAUCUUUUAGAUGUAUAUCUAUACAAUAUAUCCUGGGAUGUAGAAUUGAGAAGACAAAAAUUCAGUAAAAUCUAAUCAACACA